UCAUGGAAGGUGGCACUGCUCCGGCAGCUGAGCCUUCUAGUUCAGGAAACCGCAUUUUGAUAGUGCUGGUAGCAGUGUGUGCAGUCGUCACCAUAGUAGCAAUAGUUAUAGCUGUAGUGGCAGUAUCAAGAUCCUCUACGACUCCAAACAUCACCAUUCAAGGCGACCAAACGUCAAAAGGUGGCGGCACCUCUGCGGGACAAGGAUCGUCUGCAGGAGGACGGAUCUUCACGCUUGCCGUAGGACAUGACUGGGGCGCGCACCAAUAUAUAGACACCUCUGGCUACUUGGCAGGCUUUCAUUAUGAUUUAAUCGAGGCAGUUUGCACCGAGGCUGGCAUAGACUGUCGCACUGUAUGGGAUAAGUACAGCAACUGCUGGGAUACCACCAUAGGACAACCCUCACACGGCGGCCAGGGUUUGAUGGGCCGUUGGUAUGAUGCUUGCGUCGGCUGGUUUCCAACCAUAGGUAGGGUUCAGGUGUUCAGUUUUUCUUCGCCAUUCCUCAAGCCCCCAGUCAGCUAUUUAUUUACGAAGCCGGGAAAUGCUGCUUCGUUUUCAUCCAGAAACUUAGCUAACAAGAAAAUCGGUUUCAUUGAUGGAUUUGCUACUGAUGAGAAGUGUUUGGUCAGAUGGACUGACGUCAAAGGUCAGGACAAUAUGACCAUCAUCCACGUUCAGAACCCUGCAGAUGUCGUAGCCAAGUUGAAAAGUGGCGAGAUAGAAGUUGCCUUCGCGUCUGCCCUAGACAUGGUGCACUAUGCAUCAAGAGCCAUCCCCGAGGUUGAACAAGUUCCCGGGGUGGGGUUUUCUUGCAUGUUGUCCGGCAACGGGGUGAUGACACGGAAAGACAACGACUUCAACUCAAAAUGGAACGUAGGCCUCAGCAAACUGGUCUCCAGCGGGAAGUUUAAGAAAUUAUGCGACGAUGCCGCUACAAAACACGGUUCUCGUGGUCACGUGCCCUGCGUUGAUGGCUAGAAAUACCAUGUAGGUAUCACCAAAAGCGAAAAAGAGACCGCAGAAGAGGGAUUACAGAGAGAAAAUACUGACAAUUAAGACACACCAAAAAGUUUCAAGGGGGUGAAAAGUAUUAUUUUUGUUA